AUGACAACUGACGACAGCAGGACUGAUCAUGGGGGAAGUGAGUCGCCGAAUUUCAAUCACCGCAAUAUUUUUAUACGCCAGGAGCGUCACUUGUUGUUGCCUCCUAGCGACCACAACAGCCCUACUAGUGGAGCAUCGUGCUCAACUGCGGGGACACCGUUCCUGGGAGGAACGCCACAGCUGUGCUCAGGGACACCGCUGUC